AUGGACCACCCUCAGCUAUGCCUACCAGAACCCUUCAGGGUUACUUACAGAAAAGUUGGCCAAUACGGAAGAUUCCAGCAACCAAGAAAGAAAAACAGUUCGUUUAAAAGGAAGGGGAUUGAAAGGUGGCAUAGAGCUGUAUCUACCAAUUUGGCAAAUAAAAAUAUACUAUUUCCCAAAGAUGAAUUGUCUAAUGAUAGUGACAUGGAAUUCCAUGAAAGCCAACAAAAUGAGAAAAAAAACUUGAUGAAGAAAGUGAAGACCGUUUGGCGGAAGGUGCUGGCCUGCAAACAUAGAAGUAAAUCUGCAAAUACCAAUGGAGACAGUUUGAAGCACAAGGAACCUGUCCUUUCAGAUUCACAGAACCUUCUUCCUAGAAUUGUCAAAGAGCUUCCAUCUCCCAAGUUAUUUACCAAACCCAAAAUAAGAAAACACUCUCAGAAUGCGACUAUACAACUUGAUGUCGUAGAAGCAGAGACAGAGGCAAUAACCCAAGGAAAUACACUUCUCCAAGCCAGGAGAACCACAAGGCGGCUGUCUGUGACAUCCUUGCCUUCGGGACUGCAAAAGGUUCCAUAUGCAUCGAAAAAGAGGCCACACUUUUCAGCACUUAAAAAAAAGAAACGUAACAUGGAAAAGAUCCUCCAAAAAUCUGAUUUGACAGUAGGAAAGCUUCAAAUGCAGGUAGAUGAUCUCAUAGAAACAGUGGCUGACAAGUCCAUGAAAUUACUGGCCCAAAGACAUGCUGAGCUUCAACAGUGUGAGUGUCUAGGGGAUGAAAUUCUUCAGUCUUCGAAACAGUUUCAGAGGAUCUCCAAAAGAACUAUGAGGAAGUAUAAAUUGAAAAAUGUAUGUUUCCCAUGUACUUGCUGCUGCUUCUGAUUGUGCUCCCGAUAACACAAAGUUGCUUUUAGAGGGAUUUUUAU